AUUUUCAUGGAAAGAUAUACUUUUAAUAGUGCUUGGAGCUGGAUUAUUGAUAAUAAUUGUACUUUUCUAUUGUUGCAUAAAAAAAUACAAAAAACAGGGUUUUCAACAAAGACACUCAGGUUAUGUUGUCUUCUGUGAUUCCAAAACUCCCCAAAGACCUGCUGAUCAAUUUUUGGGAACACCUGAUUCAGUAGUAGCAGAAAAUGGGGAACUUCUGAAUGAAAUUGAUUCGAGGAAGGCUCAAUUCAAACAUGCCUGGAGGAAUGCACCAUUAUACCCUGAUUGGAGGAAAGAGGAAUUCAAUGCUGUAAAUAUGACCCUGGAUGCAGAAACAGCUCAUCCUGCCCUCCUUCUGUCUGAAGAAGGGAAACGUGUUUCCUGGCAAGAAAGGUGUCAAGAUCUUCCCAACUCCCCACAGAGAUUCACCUCCAUUCCCUGUGUGCUGGGUCAAUUGCACAUCAUCUCAGGGAGAUACUCCUGGGAAGUAGAGGUUGGGAACGCCUGUUCCUGGGACCUUGGAGUUUGUAGGGAUAAUGUAACAAGGAAGGGGAGGGUCACAAUGUCCCCAAAGAAUGGUUUCUGGGCCAUUAGGUUCUAUGAGGGGGAGUAUUGGGCCCUCACCUCCCCAGAAACCCAUCUUACUCUAAGAGAAAAACCCUUUAUUGUGGGGGUAUUUCUGGAUUAUGAGGCUGGAGAUGUAUCUUUCUAUAAUAUGACAGAUGGAUCUCACAUCUUCACCUUUCCCCAGAACACAUUCUAUGGUGCCCUAAGACCACUUUUCAGACUUUGGUCCUCUGAAUCAGGCUCCCUAACCAUCUGUCCAGGUGAAGGAGAAUGUGCUGAUGUUGUAAUUCAAAUGUCUACCCCAUUCCAUGAGAAAUGAUUACUUUGAUCCCCAAUGAAAAUCACAAUUCUCCCCCAAUGAGAUACAAAUAAAUAUUUUUCUUAUUCCUUA